AUGGACGACGACGCAGUGACGAUCAGAUACCGAUCCAAAGCACAAGGAGAAGCGCUCCAAAGGAUCAUGGACGGUAGCUUCAACGUUCUCACCGUCAUUCUGCCAACAGCCGGAGGCAAGACACUGCUCUUCACUGCACCCGCUUGUCUAGAAGAAGACGUCGGGGUGACCAUCGUGGUGGCACCGUUCCGUAAGCUUAUCGACGAGACGGUCCGAGAAGCAUAG